UCCAACAACGACAACAACAAUAAUAACUACAACAAUAAAACAACAAGGGCAACAAAAGGGAAUAAAUUAAAAACUAAGGGAAUAAAUAAAAAAAUAAAUAAAUAAAUAAAAUAUAAAAUAAAAUAAAAUAAAUAGAGUUGCUGUGGUUUCCGUCUUAGUUUUUAAGUUGUGGGUGUCCUGCAGUGAACCUCUGGGACAUAACGUCCCGCAUUGGGAGCAGCGUCCUUUUUUUCGGACCAGGGCCAUCCCCCUGCCUUUGCCACUCGCUGCCCAGAUCUAGGUCGCCUGCCUCUGGCGCGGCUGAGAAGGCCGCUGGCGAGAUGUUCAAAAACACCUUCCAGAGCGGCUUCCUCUUCAUCCUCUACAGCAUCGGCAGCAAGCCCUUGCAGAUCUGGGACAAAAAGGUACGGAAUGGGCACAUCAAAAGAAUCACUGAUAAUGACAUCCAAUCUCUGGUGUUAGAGAUUAAAGGAACAAAUGUCAGCACCACAUAUAUCACAUGUCCUGCAGACCCAAAGAAGACAUUGGGAAUUAAACUUCCCUUCCUCGUCAUGAUUAUCAAGAACUUAAAAAAAUACUUUACCUUCGAUGUACAAGUACUAGAUGACAAGAAUGUAUGUCGGAUGUUUCGGGCAAGUAACUACCAAAGUACCACCCGGGUCAAACCCUUCAUUUGUACCAUGCCCAUGCGGCUGGAUGAUGGUUGGAACCAGAUUCAGUUCAACCUGUCAGACUUUACUCAGCGAGCAUAUGGGACAAAUUACAUUGAGACUCUAAGAGUACAGAUCCAUGCAAACUGUCGUAUCCGACGGGUUUACUUCUCAGACAGACUCUACUCAGAAGAUGAAUUACCAGCAGAAUUCAAACUGUAUCUUCCAGUUCAGAAUAAGGCUAAGCAAUAACUGGAAAGCAACUCAAGGGAUAGACCCUGGAUUUGACUUAGUUUAAAAAGGAAACUAUCUGAAGGACAAUGCCAAAACCAAAUAUUUAUAUUAGUUUACUGUGCUACAGUUCUUUUAGUACGACUUGGUGUCUCUUGUUGUGGGCACUUAGUGACCAGGGCAUAAUUGCAUUGUAAGUACAGUAAGGGAUAAGCUGUCCUUUGACACACGAAUGCUGGAGUUUAUCCUGCUGCCUCCCCAGUGUGUGGGGGAAGAUACAUUUACCAUGAACUUACAGAAUUAAAGAUGUCCCACAGGGAAAUUUCAAACCAAUAUUUCUUCCUACGGUUUGCUCUUUGUUUUAUAUAUUAUCUAGAUAUAUGUAUAUGUUGUGUAAUACUCAUAAUCUGGAAAUGAAUAAAAUGUUAAUAUUC